AUGUCUUCCCCACAGAUGAACACCUCCGCCUAUGUGGCUCCUUCUAAUUACUCCGCUAUGGGUGCCACGAACCGACACGACUGCGGUGUCCAGAAGAACAAGAAGCAGGCAUCUACUGGUGGUGGCAGAGCUUGGAGUGAGAACGAGGAGGCUUAUCUUCUUCAGAGUCGUCUCCAAAAGAAGCCGUACAAGCACAUUGCCGCUCACUUGAAGAAGACCGAGUUGGCUUGCCGUCUUCACUACCACCAGUUGUCUCACGGCGGCAACCGCCGUAAGCGAACUGAUUCCGACACCCUUUCCAGCACUGGUUCCGUUGCUGGUUCCGCUACUGGAUCCGCGUUGCAAUCUCCAGUCAUGUCUCACUCGAUGCCAUCUCCCAUCAGUGAGGGUAUGCAACCCGCUACUCCUUCGUCCUACAGCUACUCACCCCAAUCGCCCGCACAAAUUCAGCUUCCUUCCGCAGCAACUCUCCUCAAUCCGGCCGGCUCCUACAGUCCUCCCCCCAGAGCUCUUAAUUACCCUGUGGCCAUCCUUCCGAAGCCUUCUCCGGUCCGCCGUGCUCUUUCCGACCCGGUCAUCCACUCGCCUACCCGCCUCGAAUGCAAUGAGGCCUCGGGCCAAGUCAACUUCUCGAACGUCGAUCAGGACCGUCUUCGACAAGUCUACGAGGCGCACAGAGCUUCGUUCUGGUCCGCCAUUGCUUCCGAGUACGGUGCAGGAGCGUCUCCUAUCUUGCUUGAGGAGGUCUGGAAACGAGGAAUUACUACCACUGGUCCGCCAACCCCGUGUAGCUCCCCGAAAAUUCAGACUGCUCGCAGUAAUGCAUACCGGGCAUUCUCUCCAAAGCCAUUGUACCAUUUUCCGACACCACUUCGAGAGACGAAGAAUAGUGCUACCAGCAUCUCCGCUCUCUUGGGUAUAGAUGCCAGCCCACGCAGCCCAAAAGAGAGAGAACUCAUCAAGCGCAUGGAGGAGCAAAGAGAUACUCGAGACUUUGUUAUGGGCGAUAUGAUCCAAAGAUACGAAUAA